AUGGUGUCCGCUAGUUGUAAGGUGGUUGACUUUGCGGUCGGUGGGAUGACUUGCAGCCGUUGUAGCGAUGCUGUGAAAAAGGCCCUCUCUUCGAUGCCGGAAGUCAAGACAGUUUCAGUUUCGCUGCGAACAAAUAUGGCACAAAUCGAAUUCGUUCCUUCAUCUGAAUGUACGGUUGAUACGCUGAAGGAGACCAUUGAAGACAUUGGAUACGAUGUAAACGAUAUCAUAUCACCUCCUUCUGAAAGGGCCGCAAAACAGACCAAGACGGUUGCGAUUGCCGUUGGUGGAAUGACGUGCAGCAUGUGUAGUAGCGCAGUUCACAAGGCACUAGUUGAAACUCCCGGUGUCAAGUCAGUUAACGUCGCUCUAUCAACAAAUCUGGCAACUAUUGAAUAUGAGCCUUCAUCGGAAUGCAAUCCUGAAAGUCUAUCGGAUACCAUUGAAUGCAUUGGCUACGAUGUAAAUGAUAUAAUACUUCCAAAAACUGAAAAGGUUAACCCAGUAAAGACUGUCGCAAUUGCAGUUGGUGGCAUGACUUGCAGUAUGUGCAGCAGCGCAGUUCACAAGGCACUGACAGAAUUAUCAGGUGUCAAGUCAGUCAACGUUUCACUGUCCACGAAUCUGGCAACUAUUGAGUACGAGCCGUCAUUGGAAUGCACCCCUGAAAGUCUUUCGGAUACAAUCGAAUGCAUCGGAUAUGAUGUCAACGACGUCAUUUUGCCGCAAAUAGAAAAUGCUAGGACCAAGACGAUUGCGAUUGCUGUUGGUGGCAUGACAUGCAGCAUGUGCAGCAGCGCUGUUCACAAGGCACUGAUGGAAUUGGUUGGUGUCAAGGAAGUCAAUGUUUCUCUAUCCACAAACUUGGCAACCAUCACGUUUGAGCCAUCACCCGAAUGUAACGCAGAGAGUCUUGUAGAUACGAUUGAAUGUAUCGGGUAUGACGUAAAUGACGUCCUAGACGAAAGUGACGAGGAGCAGGGCAUUGGUGACAGCCAAGAUAACACCCAACCAAGUAUUACGGAAAUCGAGGAUCGCCUAGACAGAAUCACACGCCAGCAAAACUUGCAACUUGCAGCAAGGAGGCGCAGCUUCCUAUUGAGUUGUGUAGGAGCCGUGCCAGUGAUGACCAUUACAAUGAUCAUUCCGCGCAUUGGAGGCCAGCACUGUCCAAUUGAAGAAACUUUGCACCAGGAAGUUAGUAUUCUCAAUCAUAGUUUUGUGUCGGAAUCUCUCUUGCUGUGGCUCUUUACAACACCGGUGCAAUUCAUCUGUGGAUAUUCAUUUUACAAGACAUCAUUCUACGGAAUUCGAAAAGGGAUUUUGGGAAUGGAUGUCCUCGUUGCACUGGGUACAACAUCAGCGUAUAUCUAUGCCGUCAUUGCAACGUGGAAUGGAGAUCCUAGUUACAGAUUCUUUGAGACCUCAGCGGUGCUCAUCUGUUUCGUCCUGCUUGGAAAAUGGAUGAAUGCCAUGGCAGUCUGCCGAACAAGUGAAGCUUUGACUCAUUUGAUGAAACUGCAAGCUAAGACAGCGUUGAAGAUCACUCCAACUUCUAUGAAAAAUGGAAAGUGGGACCCACUUGUUGAUAGUUAUGAAGAAGAGACGGUUGUUGUUCAAAAUAUCAAUCCUGGAGACAUCGUGAAGGUUCUCAAGGGUGCAUCCAUUCCUGCUGAUGGUGUAUUGAUACACGGUGAAAUGAGUGUUGACGAGUCAAUGAUUACUGGAGAGUCGAUCCCAGUGCUGAAACUUGAAGGUUCAGAAGUCAUCGGAGGCACUAUAUGUGCCGAGGCUGGAAGUGGCGUCGUAAAGUCUAUUGACACAGUAGCGGCUGGUUUUGUCCGCGUCACAGGUGUGGGAUCCAAUACUGCCCUAGCUCAGAUUGUGAAGAUGGUACAGGAAGCGCAAUCUCGACAGGUCCCUAUCCAAAACCUUGCCGACACGAUUGCAGGAGUCUUUGUUCCUUGCGUCGUCGCAAUUUCUUUCCUGACAUUUUUGGUUUGGUACAUCUGUUGCAUCAAUGGAGUUGUCCCAGAGUCGUGGUACGCUGGGGAAAGUCCAAUGACAUUUUCUCUACUCUUUGGCAUUGCCGCACUCCUCAUCAGUUGCCCCUGUGCGCUUGGAUUAGCGACGCCGAGUGCGAUCAUGGUUGGCACUGGGGUUGCAGCAAGGUGUGGUGUUCUGAUGAAGGGCGGCGAAACUCUUGAGAUCGCAAGUAAAGUGGAUGCUGUCAUUUUUGACAAGACAGGAACUUUGACAAAAGGAAAACCUGUGGUAACAGACAUGAUUCGAACAAUUGAUGAUAACGCUUUGGCAAAGAUUGCUGGAGUCGAACCUAUAAAGAUGGACGGAGACGAGUAUCUCUUGUGGCUGUUUGGUUCGGUAGAGCGCAACUCGGAACAUCCCCUGGCAUCCGCAUUUGUGUCCCAUGCAGAAGAAAAGCUCGGCUCUUUUCUGGACAGUAAACCUUUCGUCCAGCCAUCAAAUUUCGUCGCAUUGACUGGUCGAGGAGCAGCAGGAACAGUCAAUGGGGUAAAGGUUUCCAUUGGAAACCGAGCGUUUGCUCAACAUGAGAAUAUGGAAAUAUCCGAGGAGCUGGAAGAGCUACUGCGUGAGUUGGAAGCAGAUGGCAAAACUGCAAUUGUUGCCGGAUUGAAUGGUGAAGUUUGCUCUGUGGUUGGCGUUGCUGAUGAGCUAAAGGAGGAAGCAGAGGCAUCGAUCCGUACCUUGCACGACAUGGGCAUUGAAAUUUGGAUGUUGACUGGCGACAGCACAAGAACUGCUGUCGCGAUUGCAAAAAGACUAAACCUUCCCUUGAGCCACGUGGUAUCCGAAGCACUUCCAUCUUCAAAGGUGGAAAUGGUUCGAGAGCUACAAUCACAAGGUUACACUGUUGCAAUGGUUGGUGAUGGAAUCAACGACUCGCCGGCUCUUGCGGAAGCUGAUGUUGGAAUGAGCAUUGGUACUGGAGCAGAAAUUGCAGCUGAAGCGAGUGAUAUGGUCCUCGUCAGCGGCAAAGUUUCAGAUGCAUGCGUUGCACUGGAUUUGAGCAAGGUCAUUUUUCGUCGGAUACAGUGGAACUUUGUAUUUUCAAUGAUUUACAACGUCCUUGGUAUUCCUCUCGCUGCUGGGGUCUUCUUUCCCAUCUUUCACGCCAGAUUACCGCCAACUGUUGCUGCUAUUGCGAUGUCUUUGAGCUCGGUCAGUGUUGUGUGCAAUAGCUUGGCACUGCGACUGUACAAGCCGAAGGAUGUCUAUGCACUCCCCAGACGGCAGCGUAUCUCUGGGGCUGUGGGCCGACUUCGCCGUCGCGGUUACAGUCGGGUCCAACGGGAUGAAAUUGGUAGCUUCGAAAGCAACGAUUCGAACCUCGAAUUGGUAUAA